UGUUUUUGUAUUGUUUCUUAUUUUUUGUAAAAUUUAUAAAACUCUUUAAUAAAAAAAAAAACAUCUGGUCACUUUGACCCUUCCCUAUUUAAGUCACUGCUUCUGAUGGCCUGUACCACGGCCAAUCUCACUCCUGAACAGGAGCCUAAGCCAUCAACCCACCCAGGACUCGAACCCUCUGUUCUCAGAGCUGGUGGUCGAGGAGAAACAGAUUCCAUGCCCAACUUUCUUCCGCAGCACGGUGGAGAAGCAGUGGUCUUCGCUGGGCAUUCUCCCCUCUCCCGGCGGGACGGAGAAAAAACUUUUCAAUGUCUUCUCCUCCUCUCUCCUGGAGGUGCCACUUGUGGUCACUUCUCUUACUUCUUUGUUUUCUACCUCCACCAUUCCAGGAGAUAUGGCAGAGGCCUUGAAAGCGGAGGAAAAAAGAUUUGAGUUUUCCCUCCGCAGAGCUCACCAAGCCUCGGUGUGAGCAAUCAAGGCUGCUACAUCAUCGUCCUUUUUCACCAGGUCGUCCAUCAUGUGACUCCGUGAGCUCCAGGUGCUCAUUCCUCCUGACCAGGUGUGAACACACCAGACAUUGGUCAAAUUGGUCGCAGCGUCCAAAUACGUGGCCAGGUACUCCGCCAGAUCUAUUGCGGCCACGGUCUCGGCCCGCAGACUACUUCAGUUAAAACAGUGGCGGGCCGACCUGAAAUCCAUUUGGCGCCUGUCGACUGCCCCUUAUAGCGGCACACACCUCUUUGGUCCAGUCCUCUAGCCAUAUCUCAUAGAAGGAAAGGACUAGUGCAAGGUGCUUGCACACCCCUCUAAGAGGACGGACAGGAAGCCUCACAGGACUUUUGCAGGCAACCCUUUCGUACUGGUGCCACCUGGGAUUGGAGGCAGCCCUUUCGGGCUGGGUAGUCCUGGAAUUGGCCCUGGAGCUCUCGAUCCUUCACCUCUAGACAGGACCACCAGCAGGACUGCCAGAACCCUAGAGCCAGGGCCUAAUACCAAACCAAACGUCCCUUUUGGGGCUCGGGGGGCCAUCCGUACAGAUGGAACAAGUGACACCAUGGAAUCCUCUCCCAUAGGGGGCCGUCUGUCCCUAUUCAGUGACACUUGGGAGGCCACCACCACAGACGCAUGGGUGAUAGACACGACCUCGCCCUGGAGUUCUUAUCCAUACCUCCAGGGUGUUUCCUACCUUGUCCCAACACAAGAAACGCCACCAAGGCAGGACUCAUGUCCAUGGCCAUCUCCCAUCUAUUGGAGAUAGAGGCCUUAGAGCCAGUGCCCAUGGAACAGAAGGGACAGGGGUUUUACUCCAUUCUGUUUGUGGUACCCAAGACCUUGGGGGGCUGGAGGGCGAUAUUGGACCUGAAAGGAUUAAACUACUUCUUGACCUACAAAUGGUUCAAGAUGCAGACCCUCAGGUCCAUCCUGGCCAGCAUCAGGAGGGGGGAUUUCCUGUCCUCCAUAGACUUGACAGAAGCUUACCUUCACAUCCUGAUCCUCCCCAAACAUCGAAAAUUCCUCCGGUUUUGUUAUGCGCAUCAGCAUUUCCAGUACAAAGUGCACCCGUUUGGCCUUUCCUUAGCCUCACGGGUGUUCACGAAGAUCCUAGCAGUCUUAGCUGCCCAUCUGAGAAUGAUCCCGGUGCACGUACAAUGCUAUCUGGAUGAUAUCCUUAUCCAAUCCACUUCCUUCCAUUCGGCCCAGUCAGACCUGAAAAUCAUCAUCAGGACUCUUCAAGCUCACGGAUUCUCCAUGAACUUCCAGAAGAGCCACAUGGUCCCCUCAAAUCGCCUACUCCACCUGGGGGUGAUCAUAGACUCAAAUCUGUGUGAGGUCUUCCUUUCCCGGGAAUGCCGGAACAGCAUCAGGACCCUCGUCCACUGUGUUGGGAGAGAGAGGGUAGUUUCUCUGGUCCAACUGUCACAACUACUGUUGUGAUUCCGUGCCAGCCUGUGCUCCCAACAGCUGAGUUGGAGGAAUCUGAGGAGGAGAUGGAGGAGGCAUUUGAAGGGCCAUCAGAGCCAGAGAGAGGCUCUGAAGUACAGGACUCACAGUUGGAUGCAGAGCCUGGGCCCUCCAGCCGUGUUUCUGAUGAAGCUCAGCUGUGUGAGGAGCAUGAAUCAGACUUGGUAGAAUCAGAACAGAUAGUCUUGCUAAUUGACGCACGCAGUCAACAGAGGUCAAUGAGGCACCUCCAAAGUAAGAAGAAACGGCAAGGAGAGGCACCGCCUUAGCACUGCUAAAUAAAGGGAGGAGGUGUGGGUGGUGCUGGUUGCUGAAGGCAACGUUUGACAACUGCGUCUUGGAAUCUUGAUCUGUGACUUCUCUUGUGAUUGCUUGUUUGUUUUUCAUUAUGUUCUUCUGGACUUGAGUUUGCUGUAUUUGACAGGUUUGUCUACAAUAUUAAAAGGGGUUUUUGUUUUUGUUUGCAAGUCUCCAGCCUAUUGCAGUAGCAGGGGUUUUGUCCUUGUGAAGUUAACAAGGAUGGCAAUAGGCUGGAACAGAACAACCACUAGGGAAGAUGGUCUCCUGCAUGGGGAUCGUCCCAUGGGCCAGACUUCAUUCCAGAGACCUCCAGUGGUUUCUCCUCCCUUUACAGAAGCGGAAUAUGAGUUCUUCCACCAAGAAGGUGAGGGUCCCACAACAGACACUGUCUUCCCUUCUAUGGUGGACCUCAUCGACAAUGGCCAAGGGAUCCCUCUUCAAGGAGCCUACCAGGCUCGCCUUGACCACAGACACCAGUCUGUUCAGCUGGGGCGCUCAUCUCCAGACACAUCUAGCCCAGGGUCAAUAAUCCCGUUCAGACCUGAGCCACAAUAUAAACUGGCUAGAACUAAGGGCCAUUCACCUGGCACUUCAACACUUCUCUACCAUUGUGGCGGAGAAACACGUACUGAUAUUGACAGACAACGUGGCAGCAAAAGCACACGUCAACAGGCAGCGAGAGACUCUAUCCAAGUCCCUUAUGCUCGAAGCCCACAACCUGGGCUCUUGGGCAGAGACCAACCUAAGAUCCAUCAAAGCAGAGCAUAUAUAUGGGGAGGCGGAUGCCCUGAGCAGGUCCACAGUAGACCACUCAAAGUGGCAACUGGACCCAAUUCUGUUCAGGGAGAUCUCGAACAGAUUCGGCCAACCCCAGUUUGACCUCUUUGCCUCUCUGAACAACUCCCAACUGCCCAGGUACUUCACCAGGUACCCAUCCCCCAGGGGCAGAGGGAAUGGAUGCUCUUUGCAGCAAAUGGCCCAGGGGGUUGCUGUACGCAUUCCCCCCACUCCCACUGAUUCUGGCAACCAUCCACAAGUUGCUUCAGGAGCAAGCGGAGAUCAUCUUGGUUGUUCCACACUGGCCGAGAUGACCGUGGUUUGCCUACCUCAUGGAACUCUCAAUCUCAUCGCCAUGGAGGAUCCCUCCAGACCGUAUCUCCCUCAGCCAGGGGGCCCUUCAGCACCCGGAUCCCCAAUGGCUCCAGUUGGCCACCUGGCACUUGAGUGGAGAACCUUAGCUAGACAAUCCUAUUUGUCCAGGGUGAUCUCGAUGAUUCAAGCUUCCAGGCGCCCCUCGACUAAUAGGAUAUAUGAUGCCACGUGGAGGAACUUUUGCCUGUGGUGCACUGGGCACCAACUCCAGCCUCUUUCUGUCACCAUACCCAAUAUCUUAGACUAUCUGUUGGAGGGUAUAGACAAGGGGUUGACACCCAAUAUUAUCCGAAGGCAGGUAGCGGCCUUGUCCACGGUGCUUACUUGUGACAACCUGGUUCCAUUAGCACAACACCCAGUAGUAAGCGCCUUUCUCAAGGGGGUGACCAACGCCAGGCCACCGACGAUUCACCGCUACCCCUCUUGGGAUCUACCACAGGUACUGCAAGCACUGAUUUUGCCACCAUUUGAGCCUAUCAGGUCUUGUUCAUUAAGACUCCUUUCUCUAAAGGUAGCAUUUCUGAUUGCUAUCACGUCAGCCAGACGUAUUUUGGAGCUGGCUGCCCUUUCAGUCGGGAGUGACCUGUGUACCUUUUAUGAGGAUAGAGUAGUCCUUCGGUUGGAUCCAUCCUGCAUUCCGAAGGUCAAUACCUGGUUCCAUAGGACCCAAGAGCUAGUUCUCCCAAACUUUUGUCCCAAUCCAGCGCAUAGGCUGGAAAGACAGUGGCAUAAGCUGGAUGUAGGCAGGGCUCUGCGCUAUUAUGUAAAAUGAACCUCUGCCUUUCGCAAGUCAGAGGCCUUGUUUGUGUCUUUCCAACCUUCUUCCAUGGGUCAGAAGGUUUCCUUUUCGACCAUUGGAAGGUGCAUUAAGGCAUGCAUUGCCCGGGCCUAUCUCUCUCAGUCCCUACCGGUUUCCAGACGCAUUACUGCCCACUCCACUCGCAGUGCGGCUACGUCAGCAGCCUGGUCUACCCAGGCGUCCAUUGAGGAAAUCUGCAGGGUGGCAACUUGGUCCUCUCCUUCAUUCAUCAGACAUUACAAGCUAGACACGUUUGCCUCUGCGGAUGCCUCAUUUGGCUGGAGGGUGUUAUAACAAGUAAUUUCUUCUGGUGGAACACAAGCCCAGACUAUUUCCCCCCCCUCCCUGUAGGGACAUGAGCGGUUUUGGUAUGUCCCACCAGUGGAUUCUACACUCAUCAUGCUGGAGAAGGGGCAUUGUCUUACCUGAACGCCUUUUCUCAGCAUGAUGAUGUAGAAUCCACACCCACCCUGAAAGGCCGUCUGGGCCUGUGUCAGAGUAGGAGGAGCCAAUGCGUCAGACUUCGUCAUGUUUUGCUUCGCCUUGGUCAAAAACUGGGCAAGGUCCAGCCCAGAAGGAGGCGUUGCAGAUUUCUGACUUAGUCUCAACUGAGCAGGAAGGCUGAGAUUACCCACUGUUGGAUACUACAUCAUCAUGCUGAGAAAAGGCG